UUUUUUUUUUCUUUUCCUUUUCUGAUUCAAAACCACGUGGCAUCGGGACAAUCCGGUCCGCAGAGUUACGAUAUACUGCCACAUCGCCCCCAUUGACUGAUCAGACUAAACAUAUCGCCGUGUAAUGCCGGGAAGAGGGGCUUUCUCCCACGUGGUCUCCAUUCCGCGACAUCGGCUCGUUGCGAGUCGGGAGAUUUGAAUUGAACAUACGGUUGCUUUGCUGUAGCGUUUGUUGAAUAGCUGAUACUUGUUGAGGAGCCACACAACUCUCCACCAUGUCAGCGCCAGAGGAAGAGUUCGAAAAGACAGAGACUUAUGGUGGUCCAGAGAUCACCUUGACACCCGACCAGGAAGCUCAGUAUGCUCAGCUCACUCGGAAUUUGCAAGAAGUGACCAGCGCAGAGAUCGUCCGAAAGGUGUUGAGCAAAGGCGAGGUGGUCAAAUGUUACUGGGGUACCGCUACAACUGGACGACCGCACAUUGCCUACUGUGUGCCUCUGCUCAAAAUCGCAGAUUUCUUGGCAGCCGGAGCUUCAGUCAAAAUCUUGCUUGCAGACCUUCACGCCUUCCUCGAUGCCAGCAAAUCCACUCUGGAGACGGUCAAGUGGAGAGCGAAAUACUAUUCCUUCCUUCUCAAAGCGAUGUUCAUAACUCUCGGCGUACCCAUCGAUAAAUUACAAUUCGUCCUCGGUACAAGCUACCAAUUGACAGCAGAGUAUACUUUGGAUGUGUACAAAUUCCACUCUCUCACCACUGCGAAAGCAGCCGGACAUGCCGGCGCAGAUGUCGUCAAGCAAUCUGAGAGUCCACUGAUGAGCAGUAUGCUUUACCCUGGGUUGCAAGCUUUGGACGAGCAAUACCUUGAUGUGGAUUUCCAAUUCGGCGGUGUAGAUCAGCGCAAGAUCUUCAUGUACGCUGCUCAUUUCCUGCCCCGUAUGGGCUACGCCAAACGUGCCCACCUCAUGAGUCCCAUGGUCCCUGGAUUAUCCGGCGGUAAAAUGUCAUCGUCCGACCCAAAGAGCAAAGUCGAUUUCCUAGAUUCACCCUCCGAAGUCAAGAACAAGCUCAAAGCCGCUCUCUGUACGCCUGGAGAAGUGGAAGGAAACGGAGUCUUGGCAUUCCUGCGACACGUCUUAAUACCUGUCCAACAGCUUCGUCAUGAACAAGCAGAAGCCCGGGGAGAGGAGCCGCCGAGAGGAGAGGGAAGCUUUGUCAAGCCUUCUGCACCCUCAGGAACCAUCUUUACAAUCUCUCGACCUGAGAAAUUUGGGGGAGAUAUCCAUUUUCCUUCGUACCAGGCCAUUGAAGAUGCUUAUGCGAAAGAGGAACUGCAUCCUGGUGAUCUCAAGACGGGAGUGACGGAUGCUAUCAACGGGCUGUUGGCGCCGAUCCAGAAAAUGUUCGAGUCGGACCCAGAAUGGCAGGAGUGUGAGAGGCUUGGAUACCCGGAUGCUUCGACUGCGAAUGCUGUGGCUUCUGCAAAGCAAGGAGCCGGAGACAAAGCCCAGCCGGUCAAAACUAAACCGCCUAAAGACGUCCGCCGCGCACCGCCGACAGAGGAGGAACGGGCAGCGCUCCGAGCUCAAAAGGAUCAAGAAAAAGCUGUCAAAGCGCAAGCCGCCGCCGCAGCUGCUGGCUUGAACAUGACGCCUGAAGAAUUGAAGAAAAGGGAUGCGACGGCGGCGAAUGUCGUGCCGAAUUCAGGAAGAGCCAACGCAAGUGCAGGUUCGAGCAGUAGUGCACGAUCAUCCGAGGCAUUGACGACGACGGAUAUGCCUAGACUCAAGCUUUUGACAAAGGGCAAAGUCCGGGAUGUCUACGAGCUUCCUGAUUCGGAGGACAAGGACAAAAUGUUAUUCGUGGCUACGGACAGGAUUUCAGCCUACGACUAUAUCAUGGAGAAUGGAAUCCCACAAAAAGGAGCCACAUUGACCACCCUUUCCCUCUUUUGGUUCCACAAGCUCUCUCAUAUCAUUCCUAAUCACGUCCUCGUCCCUUCCAUCUCUGGCUCCAAACCGAAGUGCCUCGAUCCAAGUACAUCGGCCUGGGAUGAAUUUCCUAAAAGUCUGGCAGAGUACAGAGAUCAAGUAGAAGGAAGGAGCAUGAUCGUCAGGAAAUGCGAAGUCGUCAAGAUCGAAGCGAUCGUCAGGGGUUACAUCACGGGCUCCGCUUGGGCCGAGUACAAGAAGUCCGGUACAAUGCACGGCAUCAAGUUGCCGGAAGGACUCGUCGAAUCGCAAAAGCUUCCGGAACCAGUAUUCACGCCGUCCACCAAGGCAGACUUGGGAGACCAUGAUGAGAACAUUCAUCCUGAUAAGGUCAAAGACAUCUGCGGUGAAAAGCUUGCCAAGCAGAUUGCCGAAGUCGCCGUCAGACUCUACUCCGAGGCUGCCGCCUACGCACUCGAGCGAGGACUCAUAUUGGCCGACACGAAAUUCGAGUUUGGUCUCUUGCCCGAUGCCAAUGGCGAAAAGCAGCUGAUCCUGAUUGACGAAUGUUUGACUCCUGAUUCAUCUCGAUACUGGUCAGCUGCGACUUAUCGACCUGGACAACCUCAACCUUCAUUUGACAAGCAAUACUUGAGGGAUUGGCUCACUCAGAACAAUCUGAAAAAGGCUGGAGUGACGCUGCCUCCGGAUGUAGUGGCGGAGACCAAGGCAAAGUAUGAAGAUGCUAGAGACAGAGUGAUGGGAUUGGGCAAGCAUGCUUAGAGGGUGUGGGGGGCUGUGCAGCGUCAAUUCAUAA